AUGGUCAAGACACAAAUGAUUGCAGGAACCAGCCCAGUACACAACGACCAGGUCUGCAGUACAUGGGGUAACUACCAUUUCAAGACGUUUGAUGGAGACAUCUUCCAGCUCCCGUCCAGCUGCAACUACGUCCUGGCCUCUCAGUGCAAGAGCAGCUAUGAGGAUUUCAACAUCCAGAUGAGGAGGGAGCUGGAGAACGACCUCCCGACCAUCAGCAAGGUCACCAUGGUGCUGGAGGGUACCGUGGUGGAGCUGAUGAAGGGCUCUGUCUCCGUAAAUGGAAAACCUGUGAUACUGCCAUUCAGUGAAUCAGGGGUUCUCAUUGAGAAGAGCUCCUCCUACAUCAACAUCAAGGCAAAGCUUGGGCUCUUGGCCAAGUGGAAUGAGGAUGAUGCCUUCAUGGUGGAACUGGACAAGAAAUAUGUAAACCAAACUUGUGGGUUGUGUGGAGACUUCAAUGGUGUCCAGACUUAUAAUGAGUUUGUCACAAAGGGUGUGCCCAUUUCUAAUCUUGACUAUGGAAGCCUCUGGAAGCUGGAUGGUCCAACUGAAACCUGUACAGAGCCAGUUACAUCUGAACCAACAUGCAAAGAUAUGACAUCUGUAUGUGAGCAGCUGCUCUCCAGCCCUGCCUUUGAAAGCUGUAAAGUUGUAGUGAACGUCGACUCAUUCGUCAAGGCCUGUGCGAGGGACCUCUGCCUGUGUGCUAACAGCUCUGACUCCUUCUGCCUGUGCGGCACCAUAUCUGAGUACUCACGUCAAUGUAUCCAUGCCGGAGGGAACCCCGGUGAAUGGAGGACAGAGCAGUUCUGCUCAAAAUCAUGCCCCUCCAACAUGGUGCACCAGGAGUGUGGAAGCCCGUGUGUGGACACUUGCUCAAACCCUGACCGAGGACAGGUGUGUGAGGAACACUGCAUGGAUGGAUGCUUCUGCCCACCAGGCACUGUGUUUGAUGAUGUCACUGGGAUGGGCUGCAUCAGUUCAACAAAGUGCUCCUGCAGCAACAACGGAAACAUAUACCAACCUGGAGAGUCUUACUCCAGCAACUGUAAACACUGUACCUGUGGAGGUGGCCAGUGGAGCUGUAUAGAGAAGGACUGCCCAGCAACAUGCUCUGUGGAGGGAGGCUCCCACUUCUUCACCUAUGAUGGGAAAGCCUACACUUUCCAUGGGGACUGCUCCUAUGUCCUCACCAAGCAAUGUAAUGGGACCGACUUCACAGUGCUUGGGGAUCUUGUCAGGUGUGGUUUGACAGACACAGAGACUUGUCUGAAGGCUGUGACGCUGGCAGUUUCUGGAGAUACUGUGAUCAAUAUCCAGCCCAAUGGAAAGGUUUUUGUUAACAGGAGGUACUCACAGUUGCCCCUGUCUACAGCUGGAGUGAAAAUCUUUGAAGCAUCCACAUUUUUCAUCAUCGUGCAGACCUCGGUCGGUAUUCAGUUGGAAAUUCAGCUGUCACCGAUCAUGCAGGUGUACAUCACAGCAAGUUCUGAACUCAAGCAAAAGACAUGUGGUAUGUGUGGAAACUUUAACAGCAUUCAGGCAGAUGAUUUCUUGGCGAUGAAUGGAAUUAUUGAGGGAACAGCAUCAGGCUUUGCCAACACCUGGAAAACAAGAGCCAGCUGUCCUGACGUGAAGAGCAGUUUGGAGAACCCCUGCAGCUUGAGCAUCGACAAUGAGAAGUAUGCCCAGCAGUGGUGCUCCCUGCUCACGGACUCUGAUGGUGUGUUUGCCCCGUGCCACAGUGAGAUCAACCCAGACAUCUACAAAGAGAACUGCAUGUAUGACAGCUGCAACUGUGAGAAGAGUGAGGACUGCAUGUGUGCUGCCCUCUCCUCCUAUGUGCAUGCAUGUGCAGCUAAAGGCAUCCAGCUGAACGGGUGGAGAGACACGACCUGCAAGAAAUAUGCCACCAGCUGUCCGAGCAAUAUGGUGUAUGUCUACAGCAUACAAAACAGUGACCGCUCAUGCCGUUGCUACAGUGAUCCUGACUUCACCUGCUCAGUUACUUUUGCUCCUGUGGAUGGAUGCAUCUGUGAUGAGGGAACAUAUCUGGAUGAAGGGGGGAAAUGUGUUGCACCAGCCAGCUGCUCCUGCUACUACAAGGGCCAGGUGAUUCCUCCAGGGGAGGUUAUCAGCAAGGGCGGGGCCACAUGCACAUGCAAAGCAGGCAAACUCAGCUGCAUGGGUGAAACUACACAUCCUACUACAUGCCCAGCACCCAUGGUGUAUUUCAACUGCUCCAAUGCUGGUGCGGGAGCCAAAGGUGCUGAGUGUCAGAGGAGUUGCAAAACCCUGCACAUGGCCUGUAUCAGCGCUGAGUGUGUCUCAGGUUGCAUGUGUCCUUCUGGCCUGGUCUCUGAUGGAGAAGGUGGCUGUGUAAAGGAGGACCAGUGUCUCUGUUACCACAAUGGAGCUCAGUACAAACCUGGGGACAGCAUCAAUGUCGACUGCAAUAAAUGCACUUGCAAUGACACAAACUGGGACUGCACAUCGAACUUGUGCCAUGGCACCUGUGCCAUCUAUGGAGAUGGACAUUACAUCACUUUUGAUGGGAAGAGAUUCAACUUUGAUGGGAGCUGUGAAUACAUCCUAACUGAGAAUUAUUGUGGACAUGGAAGUGCUAAUGGAACUUUCAGAGUCAUCACUGAGAACAUUCCAUGUGGAACCACAGGAACCACGUGUUCCAAAGCCAUCAAAUUGUUUUUGGGGAGCAAUGAGUUGAUCCUGACAGAUGGAGGUUACCAAGUCGUUCAGAGAAAUUCAGGAGCAGAGGUGCCCUACCAGAUCCGCACCAUGGGGAUCUACCUUGUGAUUGAAGCUAACAAUGGUCUGAUUCUCAUGUGGGACAGAAGAACAAGUCUGUUCCUCAGGCUGAGUCCAGAAUUUAAGGGUGAUGUUUGUGGCCUUUGUGGAAACUAUGAUGGCAACGCUAACAAUGACUUUGGCACAAGAAACCAAGGACAGGCCAUUAAGUCUCUGGAGUUUGGAAAUAGCUGGAAAGUUUCUCCAAGCUGCCCUGAUGCAAAACAGACCCCGAGUCCCUGCACAUCCAACCCUUACAGAAAAUCUUGGGCUCAGAAAAAGUGUAGCAUUAUCAUAAGUGAAGCAUUUGCAUCGUGCCAUUUUCAGGUGGAUCCUUCUCCAUUCUACGAUGCUUGCGUGAGUGACUCAUGUGCCUGUGAUAGUGGUGGAGACUGUGAGUGUUUCUGCACUGCAGUGGCAGCUUAUGCAGCCGCCUGUAAUGAAGCUGGAGCCUGUGUAGCCUGGAGAACCCCAAACAUCUGCCCUCUGUUCUGUGAUUACUACAACCCACCUGGUGAGUGUGAGUGGCACUACAAACCCUGUGGAGCUCCAUGCAUGAAGACCUGCAGGAAUCCCACUGGGCAGUGCUCUCAGCAGAUACCAGCAUUAGAAGGUUGCUACCCUCAAUGUCAUGCUGAUGAGCCCUUUUUUGAUGAAGACACCAUGACGUGUGUGCAGAGGGAGAAAUGUGGUUGUUUUGAUAGUGAUGGCAGACACUACAGCAAUGGAGAGAAAGUCCCUACCACAACAAACUGCGAAACAUGCCAAUGCAAUUCCACAACCAUCACCUGCGAAUAUGAUGCCAAAGAAACGACAGAAUAUACCUCAACAACUACUGCCACCCCAACAACAUCAACAUAUUGUAAAGUGUGUACUUGGUCAAAGUGGAUAAAUGUUGAUUAUCCACAAUUUGGCCCUGGAGGAGGUGACACAGAGUCCAUCAGCAAUAUCAUAAAGAAUGUUUACAAAAUAUGUGAAAAACCAGUUAAUAUCAGUUGUCAAGCAGUCCGUUAUCCAAAAGUCCCUCUGUCAGAACUGGAUCAGAAAGUGACCUGCAACACUGACGUAGGAUUAGUUUGUAAAAAUAUAGAUCAAAGCCCACCGAUGUGCUUAGAUUAUGAAAUAAAGGUUGAGUGUUGUAACAUGGAGCCAUGUCCAACAUCAACAAUUUCAACACCUUCCACAACACAUCCAACAACAACAACAACAACAACCCCAAUGACUACAGAACCCACAACAUGUGGAGAAUGUACACCAACUACUACGACGACGACAACAACAACUCCAGCACCAACAUCCACAACUACCCCUACGACCACAAUGACAUCUACCACAUCUACCAGUACUGUAACAUCGACAACCUCCACUACAACUACAACAUCCACAAGUACAUCAACUCCCUCUACACCUACAACUACAACAUCGACAACAACCUCUACAACAACUACAACCACUGAGACGCCCUCCACACCUGUAACAUCGACACCGUCAACUUCAACAAGUACAUCAGUCCCAACAACAAGUCCUCUCUCCACAACAACACCCUGUACCUUGUUGCGGACCAUGUCCAGUAACUGCUACAACAACAACAACUCCGGCACCAACAAAAGUUUCAACACCUUCCACAACAUAUCCAACAACAACAACAACAACCCCAAUGACUACAGAGCCCACAACAUGCGGAGAAUAUCUACCAGCACUGUAACAUCGACAACAACCUCUACUACAACUACCACACCCACAAGUACAUCUACUCCCUCUACACCUACAACUCCAACAUCGACAACAACCUCAACAACUACAACCACUGAGACGCCCUCCACACCUGUAACAUCGUCACCGUCAACUUCAACAAGUACUUCAGUCCCAACAACAAGUCCUUUCUCCAAAACAACACCCUGUACCUGUGAGUGGUCUGACUGGAUUGACCUGGGAUCACCUACACCUGGCCCUGAUGGAGGAAACUCUGUAUCAAUUUCACAACUCAUUAAUUCUGGACGUAUUGGCUGUGAGAAUCCCAAAUACGUUGAAUGCAGGGCCAAGCAGUAUCCAAAUUUACCACUUUCUCAAGUGGGCCAGGAGGUCACAUGCAAUCCAUCUGUUGGACUUGUGUGCUUGAACAAAAACCAAGGGCUCCAAAAGAUUUGCUUUGAAUAUGAAAUUCGGGUGCAGUGUUGUGGACCAUGUCCAGUAAUUGCUACAACAACAACAACUCCGGCACCAACAACACCCACAACUACCCCUACGACCACAAUGACAUCUACCACAUCUACCAGUACUGUAACUUCUACAACACCCAGUACACCAAUACCACCAUGUACCUUGUUGUGGACCAUGUCCAGUAAUUGCUACAACAACAACAACUCCGGCACCAACAACACCCACAACUACCCCUACGACCACAAUGACAUCUACCACAUCUACCAGUACUGUAACUUCUACAACACCCAGUACACCUAUACCACCAUGUACCUAGUAAGCUGCUGUGGACCAUGCACAACCACUACCACUACCACUCCCACAAGUACAUCAACUCCCUCUACACCUCCACCUACAACUCCAACAUCGACAACAACUUCCACAACAACUACAACCACUGAGACGCCCUCCACACUUGUAACAUCAUCACCGUCAACUUCAACAAGUACAUCAGUCCCAACAACAAGUCCUUUCUCCACAACAACACCCUGUACCUGUGAGUGGUCUGACUGGAUUGACCUGGGAUCACCUACACCUGGCCCUGAUGGAGGAAACUCUGUAUCAAUUUCACAACUCAUUAAUUCUGGACGUAUUGGCUGUGAGAAUCCCAAAUACGUUGAAUGCAGGGCCAAGCAGUAUCCAAAUUUACCACUUUCUCAAGUGGGCCAGGAGGUCACAUGCAAUCCAUCUGUUGGACUUGUGUGCUUGAACAAAAACCAAGGGCUCCAAAAGAUUUGCUUUGAAUAUGAAAUUCGGGUGCAGUGUUGUGGACCAUGUCCAGUAAUUGCUACAACAACAACAACUCCGGCACCAACAACACCCACAACUACCCCUACGACCACAAUGACAUCUACCACAUUUACCAGUACUGUAACUUCUACAACACCCAGUACACCAAUACCACCAUGUACCUGUAAGUGGUCUGACUGGAUUGAUGCCAGUUCCCCAUCAACUGGCCCUGAAGGAGGAGACACCGAAUCAAUUGCUCAACUCAUAAAUUCCAAACGUAUUGCUUGCGCACAGCCAACAGAAGUUGAAUGCAGAGCUAAGGUGUAUCCAACAUUGUCACUUUCCCACUUGGGCCAAGAUGUGAUUUGCAAUCCAUCAGUAGGACUUGUUUGCCUGAACAAAAACCAGGCAAAUAAUCAAUUGUGUUUCAAUUAUGAAAUCAGAGUAAGCUGCUGUGGACCAUGCACAACCACUACCACUACCACACCCACAAGUACAUCAACUCCCUCUACACCUACACCUACAACUCCAACAUCGACAACAACUUCCACAACAACUACAACCACUGAGACGCCCUCCACACUUGUAACAUCAUCACCGUCAACUUCAACAAGUACAUCAGUCCCAACAACAAGUCCUUUCUCCACAACAACACCCUGUACCUGUGAGUGGUCUGACUGGAUUGACCUGGGAUCACCUACACCUGGCCCUGAUGGAGGAAACUCUGUAUCAAUUUCACAACUCAUUAAUUCUGGACGUAUUGGCUGUGAGAAUCCCAAAUACAUUGAAUGCAGGGCCAAGCAGUAUCCAAAUUUACCACUUUCUCAAACUCCCUCUACACCUACACCUACAACUCCAACAUCGACAACAACCUCCACAACAACUACAACCACUGAGACGCCCUCCACACUUGUAACAUCAUCACCGUCAACUUCAACAAGUACAUCAGUCCCAACAACAAGUCCUUUCUCCACAACAACACCCUGUACCUGUGAGUGGUCUGACUGGAUUGACCUGGGAUCACCUACACCUGGCCCUGAUGGAGGAAACUCUGUAUCAAUUUCACAACUCAUUAAUUCUGGACGUAUUGGCUGUGAGAAUCCCAAAUACGUUGAAUGCAGGGCCAAGCAGUAUCCAAAUUUACCACUUUCUCAAGUGGGCCAGGAGGUCACAUGCAAUCCAUCUGUUGGACUUGUGUGCUUGAACAAAAACCAAGGGCUCCAAAAGAUUUGCUUUGAAUAUGAAAUUCGGGUGCAGUGUUGUGGACCAUGUCCAGUAAUUGCUACAACAACAACAACUCCGGCACCAACAACACCCACAACUACCCCUACGACCACAAUGACAUCUACCACAUUUACCAGUACUGCAACUUCUACAACACCCAGUACACCAAUACCACCAUGUACCUGUAAGUGGUCUGACUGGAUUGAUGCCAGUUCCCCAUCAACUGGCCCUGAAGGAGGAGACACCGAAUCAAUUGCUCAACUCAUAAAUUCCAAACGUAUUGCUUGCGCACAGCCAACAGAAGUUGAAUGCAGAGCUAAGGUGUAUCCAACAUUGUCACUUUCCCACUUGGGCCAAGAUGUGAUUUGCAAUCCAUCAGUAGGACUUGUUUGCCUGAACAAAAACCAGGCAAAUAAUCAAUUGUGUUUCAAUUAUGAAAUCAGAGUAAGCUGCUGUGGACCAUGCACAACCACUACCACUACCACUCCCACAAGUACAUCAACUCCCUCUACACCUACACCUACAACUCCAACAUCGACAACAACUUCCACAACAACUACAACCACUGAGACGCCCUCCACACUUGUAACAUCAUCACCGUCAACUUCAACAAGUACAUCAGUCCCAACAACAAGUCCUUUCUCCACAACAACACCCUGUACCUGUGAGUGGUCUGACUGGAUUGACCUGGGAUCACCUACACCUGGCCCUGAUGGAGGAAACUCUGUAUCAAUUUCACAACUCAUUAAUUCUGGACGUAUUGGCUGUGAGAAUCCCAAAUACGUUGAAUGCAGGGCCAAGCAGUAUCCAAAUUUACCACUUUCUCAAGUGGGCCAGGAGGUCACAUGCAAUCCAUCUGUUGGACUUGUGUGCUUGAACAAAAACCAAGGGCUCCAAAAGAUUUGCUUUGAAUAUGAAAUUCGGGUGCAGUGUUGUGGACCAUGUCCAGUAAUUGCUACAACAACAACAACUCCGGCACCAACAACACCCACAACUACCCCUACGACCACAAUGACAUCUACCACAUUUACCAUAAUUGCUACAACAACAACAACUCCGGCACCAACAACACCCACAACUACCCCUACGACCACAAUGACAUCUACCACAUCUACCAGUACUGUAACUUCUACAACACCCAGUACACCUAUACCACCAUGUACCUGUAAGUGGUCUGACUGGAUUGAUGCCAGUUCCCCAUCAACUGGCCCUGAAGGAGGAGACACCGAAUCAAUUGCUCAACUCAUAAAUUCCAAACGUAUUGCUUGCGCACAGCCAACAGAAGUUGAAUGCAGAGCUAAGGUGUAUCCAACAUUGUCACUUUCCCACUUGGGCCAAGAUGUGAUUUGCAAUCCAUCAGUAGGACUUGUUUGCCUGAACAAAAACCAGGCAAAUAAUCAAUUGUGUUUCAAUUAUGAAAUCAGAGUAAGCUGCUGUGGACCAUGCACAACCACUACCACUACCACACCCACAAGUACAUCAACUCCCUCUACACCUACACCUACAACUCCAACAUCGACAACAACCUCCACAACAACUACAACCACUGAGACGCCCUCCACAACUGUAACAUCAUCACCGUCAACUUCAACAAGUACAUCAGUCCCAACAACAAGUCCUUUCUCCACAACAACACCCUGUACCUGUGAGUGGUCUGACUGGAUUGACCUGGGAUCACCCACACCUGGCCCUGAUGGAGGAAACUCUGUAUCAAUUUCACAACUCAUUAAUUCUGGACGUAUUGGCUGUGAUAAUCCUAAAUACGUUGAAUGCAGGGCCAAGCAGUAUCCAAAUUUACCACUUUCACAAGUGGGCCAGGAGGUCACAUGCAAUCCAUCUGUUGGACUUGUGUGCUUGAACAAAAACCAAGGGCUCCAAAAGAUUUGCUUUGAAUAUGAAAUUCGGGUGCAGUGUUGUGGACCAUGUCCAGUAAUUGCUACAACAACAACAACUCCGGCACCAACAACACCCACAACUACCCCUACGACCACAAUGACAUCUACCACAUCUACCAGUACUGUAACUUCUAUAACACCCAGUACACCUAUACCACCAUGUACCUGUAAGUGGUCUGACUGGAUUGAUGCCAGUUCCCCAUCAACUGGCCCUGAAGGAGGAGACACCGAAUCAAUUGCUCAACUCAUAAAUUCCAAACGUAUUGCUUGCGCACAGCCAACAGAAGUUGAAUGCAGAGCUAAGGUGUAUCCAACAUUGUCACUUUCCCACUUGGGCCAAGAUGUGAUUUGCAAUCCAUCAGUAGGACUUGUUUGCCUGAACAAAAACCAGGCAAAUAAUCAAUUGUGUUUCAAUUAUGAAAUCAGAGUAAGCUGCUGUGGACCAUGCACAACCACUACCACUACCACACCCACAAGUACAUCAACUCCCUCUACACCUACACCUACAACUCCAACAUCGACAUCAACCUCCACAACAACUACAACCACUGAGACGCCCUCCACAACUGUAACAUCAUCACCGUCAACUUCAACAAGUACAUCAGUCCCAACAACAAGUCCUUUCUCCACAACAACACCCUGUACCUGUGAGUGGUCUGACUGGAUUGACCUGGGAUCACCCACACCUGGCCCUGAUGGAGGAAACUCUGUAUCAAUUUCACAACUCAUUAAUUCUGGACGUAUUGGCUGUGAUGAUCCCAAAUACGUUGAAUGCAGGGCCAAGCAGUAUCCAAAUUUACCACUUUCUCAAGUGGGCCAGGAGGUCACAUGCAAUCCAUCUGUUGGACUUGUGUGCUUGAACAAAAACCAAGGGCUCCAAAAGAUUUGCUUUGAAUAUGAAAUUCGGGUGCAGUGUUGUGGACCAUGUCCAGUAAUUGCUACAACAACAACAACUCCGGCACCAACAACACCCACUACCCCUACGACCACAAUGACAUCUACCACAUCUACCAGUCACUGCUUUGGCUUCGGGGAUCCUCAUUAUGUGACAUUUGAUGGAACAUAUUAUGGUUUCCAAGGAAAUUGCUCUUAUGUAUUGGUUAAAGAGAUCAAACCAAUAUACAACUUCAGCAUCAUCAUUGAAAAUGUGUAUUGUGAUGCACCAGAUGGUCUUUCAUGUCCUAAAUCACUGACUAUUCACUACAAAUCAUUUGAAAUUUAUAUGAGUCAAGAGGUCUCUCAUGGAAUAGUCACAAACGUGAUUUAUGUCAAUCACAAGCGCAUUUACCCAGCUUACAGCAACAGUGACUUCCAAGUCACAAACAAUGGCAUUGAAGCUUUAGUGGUAAUACCUGCCAUCGGUGCAUCAAUAAUGUUCUCUGGGCUGCAGUUCAGUGUUGAACUCCCUUGGAGUAAAUUCCAUGGCAACACAGAGGGACAAUGCGGAACAUGUGACAACAAUAGGACAGACGACUGCCUCUUGCCCAAUGGAAAAAUUGAUCCAUCUUGCCCAGAUAUGGCCCACCAUUGGAAGGUUAAUGAUAGCAACUGCCCAGUACCCCCAACCCCAAUUCCACCUACCCCCUGUUCACCAGAAACUACAUCCAUCUGUAAAAUCAUUGCAAGCAAGGUCUUUGAAGAAUGCCAUGAAGUGGUCCGCUAUGAGCCAUUUAUUGAGGGAUGCGAGUUUGACAUAUGCAACACGAAAAAACCCUCUAUUGGUUGUGCCAGCCUUCAGUCUUAUGCUCAGCAGUGCGCUUUGAAUGGCAUUUGCAUUGACUGGAGAGGUGCCACAGAUGGAGUGUGUGAUUUUGAGUGUGAUGCACCCCUGGUCUAUAAGCCCUGUGGUCCACAAGUUCCACCAACUUUAUGUGAUGUCACCACAUGUCCAACCCGCUCCUGUCCAGUUGGUUACAUUCAAGAGACUGAAGUGGGGGCGUGUUGCCCUAAGUGUGUUCCUAAACCUGUUUGUGUAAACAACAACACGGAAUACUCGCCUGGCAGCAGUGUGCCUAUGAGACAGUGUGAAACCUGUGUGUGUAGUCACAAACUGGAAAACGAUGGCUUACUUCACAAGAUCGAAUGUGAGCCUAUUACAUGUGACACUUACUGUCCACAGAUCAAUGGUGUCUGGAGUCCACCUGGGGACAAGUGUGUAAAGUACGAGUGUGUGAAGGUCGGGAGCAGCUUCAUCACUAUGGAGGCCAGGACCCUCUGUCCUUCCUACAACCACAAUGACUGCAUUCCUGGGACAGAGGUCAUUGCACCUGAUGGUUGCUGCCAUACCUGUGUGAGAAAAUGCAAUCGGACAACGGAAUCUACACACCUGCAGCAUAAUGGCUGCAUAUCCUCCCAGAAGGUUGAAUUGACGACUUGUCAAGGUCUUUGUCCAACAUUCUCCUGGUUCUCUUUGAGUACAAGCACGUUUCAGCGCUCCUGCUCCUGUUGCCAGGAGGUUAGCACCAGCAAAAGAGAGGUGGAGAUGGUCUGCCCUGAUGAGUAUGCUGCCGACCACUACCACUACAACACCCACAAGUACACCAACUCCCUCUACACCUACGCCUACAACUCCAACAUCGGCAACAAUCUCCACAACAACUACAAUCACUGA